AGGUGUAAGUUUUUGGCUCACGUACUUUCUUCUCUUUUAUGUUCUUCGUACCCUACCAAUUAUUUUAAGCGACGACAAUAUUACAAGAAGGCACACUCUUUUACUAAUUGACGCUCUUCUUUCAAUCGAGGGCUUAUUGCAAAACCCGGGUUCUUGAUUCCCGCCUUUCUAUUAUUCAGCUCGUUUUUUUUCAACUCUUAUUUUUAAAAUUUUCAAUUAUUGCGAAUAUACAAAGAAUUAAAUUGUUUUUAGCAACUUUAUCCGUUGCUAGGAUCUCAAUAUAUGUUGAUUUGCGUCCGCAACUUCUUAGCUCGUCAUCUGUUGCUUACAAACGUGGGAACAAGUUGCGCCCAAAUCGGAACUGCCGACAUAAUUCAACAGCACAUUAAUGGAGACGUCGAUCGUGACGGAUGGGACUGGCGGCGAACAUGUAGAAUGGCUGCAAUUGGAUUGGUUAUGGCUCCCAGCUUACACUGUUUUUAUCGAGUCCUAGAUACUAGAAAGUUCAUAGGAUCAAGAAACUGUAAAGUUCUUAAGAAGCUGGCAUGGGAUACGGCAUUUAUACCAUACUUUUCUUGCAUUUUCAUGACAGUUGGCUCUAUCUACGAAGGCAAAUCACUAAGUGCUGCAUUUGCAGAGUAUCGAAGAAAAAUGUGGCAUAUCUGGAAGGUCGAUUUCACGCUCUGGCCUCCGGCACAGCUAAUCAACUUCUAUUUCAUGCCGCCUGCCUUACGAGUGGUUUACGUGAACUUGGUCUCAUUACUUUAUAACUGUAUCAUGUCUUACAUUAAAAAUAACGAGCUACACCAUCACUCCACAAACUAGAAUCACUUUUUCCAAGGUGUUCAUUUUUGUGGCAAUUAUGUUUGUGUUCAACUUUUUUUUGCAACCUCUCCAAAUGCAUUUUCCUUCUCACAAUUCCUCAAUUUUAAUGGACACCGUUCAUUUUUCUUGUUCACUUUCUUAUUAGAAAUAAAGAUAAUGACCAUG